AUGGUUCAACAGUUAAGUCUUUUCAGUGCGAUUGACGAUGGUUCGUAUAAUCUUUUUCUAGCCACAAUGACCACCUCAUUUGGUACAGCUCCAAUUAUAUAUUCUAAUUUAUCUACCAUAUGGAAACCUGAUCCAAAUUAUGAGAUAUCUACUGUUAAUGUUAAAAACCAACUGGUUGAACAAACAAGGAUCAAAGUGAGUAAAGAGUUACCUUUGGAAGUGAUACCAAAUAUUGAUGAUAAAAUUAUUGACUAUAAUUUAAUACCUCAAUUAAACACAGAUAAUUUACCAGUAGAUCACACUUUUAUUGAUAAAAUUAUAGAUAAUCAACUAGACACACCGAUAAAUAACAAUAACCUUGUAGAACAUAAAUCCUUCAACACAACAUCUAAUAAUUGGGCAUUUUCUAUCUCUGAUAUCCCAGCAGCAGGGAGUACUCGGAAAGUCUCAAUGCAAACAAUUACUGAAUCAAUCAUACUAAAUACAUCAGGAAAGGAUUCAUGUUUGCGAAAAUUUAUGAACGAAUUAUACUAUAUAUUAGAUUAUCAAUAUAUUACUAUAGGUGUUAAAUUUCAUUUAAAACACAAUAUCAUUCUAGAAUUAUAUAAAAUAUGGGAUGUUAAAUCUAGGAAACAAAUCACAAAGAAUGGAUAUUUAAUUAAAGCAUACACAAAUGUAAAUAAAUCUACAGAUUUGGAUCAAAUCAAUCGUGGUGAACAACAGUUACUCAACUUACAAAGAGAUUUACAAGGCUAUGUCGAUCUAAAAAUACCAGAUCGCAAAUCUAUGGAUAGUAGAAUGCAAUAA